AUACUAAAAUGUAAGCGUUAUUUUAAUCCACCCUACCUGUUUUGUAAAUGAAACAAUCCGUCCCACGAUACAACAUGGCGGCGAAAAAUCAAUCUUGAAACGAAUUUUCCAACAGGCGAGCACUUUUCUUACCAACUGUAAAGUUAGAGGAUAAUCUGAAGACCCGAACUGUUCACAAGGAGUCACAGACCACAUACAGAAAUGGGUGCCCCGCCAAGUGUGCUGCGUUGGGUGACGGUUGUCGGUGGUUUGGGCGCGGGGGUCCUCAUCCACCUCAUGAUGACCCAGAUCCAGCAUAACGGAGUCUUCGAAAACUCCUACAUGAGACACCGCACCAUCCACGUGGCCAAGGAGGAGGUGUCCCGAGUCUACAUGAAGCAGGACGCCAUGGAGGACAAGUUGUCCCGUACGCGGGUCCUCUGCCUCGUCAUCUCAUCACCGAAGGGUAGGUCCAAUCGCGAACACAUCAGCUCCACAUGGGGUCGACACUGCGAGAAACUUUUGUUUGUCCACAACAAGAAAGAAGAGGACCUCCCAACGCUUGUGUUAGACCAGAAGGACUCUGAGGUCAACAAGAACUGGAUGAGCCACAAGAUCAUGUUUGAGAAAGUCUUCACAGAGUAUGAGGAGAAGUAUGAUUGGUUCUUUGUCAUUGAGGACACUUCGUGGGUUAUCAUCGAAAACUUGCGCUACUUUCUCCUGACAUACAACAGUACCUCUCCUAUUUACUUUGGGCACAUUACGGCAGACAACUAUCCCGACAGAGGCGCUGGGUUUGUCGUCAGUCAAAAGGCAAUACAGCUGUUACAUCUUGUGUUCGAAGAUGACAAGCUGUGUCCGGAUGACAGCAAGCUGAUGGGGGCGAAGAAUCCGGAUCACCACCUAGCAAAAUGCCUGAAUAAUGCAGGGGUGGAGAUCGGAGACAGCCGAGACAUCCGGGGCCGCCAACGAUUCAACUUGGAGACGCCACAAGAGCUCAUCAGUCACAACCAGGGCCCCGAAUGCUGCUCCGACUUUGCCAUCACUUUCCACUACAUCACCCCAAAUACUAUGUACGUCCUAGAAUACAUGACCUAUCACCUCCGACCUUACGGGUACAACUACCCACAGUUGUCUGGCAUGGGAGGUGUGGGGGACAAAAAGCCCCACGUAGAGGAAAAACAGGAAAAGCAACCAGAAAAGGGAAAGGGGGACAAAGAGAAGGAGGCAGACACAAAGAAAACUAAAGAGGACCAAAAGGAGGAAAAGAAACCAGAAAAAGUCUUACCAGACAAGCAAAAAGAGACCAAGCCAGAAAAAGAAGAAGGUGAGAAAGAAAAGCCAUUUAAGGGCAACGAUAAGUUAUCGGAGAAAGAAAGACUUGCAAAUGAGAAGAACGAAAUCAUCCUAGAUGAUGAUUACGAAGAGGAAGAAGAUAAUGAAAAGGAGGGAGAGAGAGAAGCCCAUGAUGAGGAAGAUAUAGACAUAGAAGAGAAUGAAAAUGAUGAUGAAAGGGAAGAGCAAGGAAAUGGGGAUGGGGCAGGACCAAGGGAUGAAGAUUACAAGGAGGAUGAAGAAGAUUAUGAUGAGGAAGAUGAUGACAAUGAUGAAGAGCAAGAUGAUGAGAAUGACAAGGAGGAGGGUGAAAAGGACGAGGAUUAUGAUGAUGAGGAUGAUGAAAAAGAUGAAAAAGACUAUAAGGAUGAGGAAGAUGAUAAGGAUGGGGAUGAGGAGGAGUAUGAUAAUGAGGAAGAAGAAAAAGAUGAGAAAGAGAAUGGAAACAAUGAUGAAGACUACUAUGAGGAUGACACGUAGCAAAUAGUUUGGAAAAAUAGACCUGAAGAUCUGGUACUCCUUUGAAUGUAGAAAUUUAUGAUUGCAAAUAGAUAAGUUAGAAAUAGAAACAAUGAGGUUAAAACAAUUCCACCCGUCUUUGAAGAUUUUUAAAGGGGUUAAAACAUGUAUUCCAAAAGGUUCACUCAAAGUUGAGUUGGUUAUCUUCUGAGAACAAUUAAAUUGACAGGCAAUGUCAUGUAAA